GUGCCUGUGUCUGUAGAGCAGAUCAGAUCAACCAGCUCACAGACUGAGAGCAAGCACCAGCUACGAGUAGCGAGUUUGAGCACUAAAAUCACCUGUCAGGCGACUCAGAUAUUGAUUACAGAAUGAAGCCCAGAAGAUUACUCCUGUCCAUUGCUCCUCUGCCCACCAUAACAGAGACACAUGAGGAUGCUUCUCAGGUGGCAUGUCCGGCCACCCCCUUGCAGUCUCUGGAGGAAUAUGUCAACUCCAUUAAAGAGCUAGCCCAGCCAGCCUGUGGUCCAGUGAGGAUGGCAAGGACUCUAAGGACUCGUCUGUUCUCCAAACCUCUGGGAAAACACUCCAGCACCAGCUCGCCUCGCAGCUCCUCCAGGACUCCUCGGGCUCGUUCCAAUUCUCUGGGCCUGGACGAGCGAACCCGCCACUUCAGCAGCCAGAAAGACUGGGCCAGCAGGGACCCGGUGGACUGGCUCUUUGGACAGACGCAAGACGAGCUGCACAGGACUGACUGCGCGUCUGCUGCUUUGAGGUUACUCUAAUGACCUGCAGCCCCAAAAAGGAGACACACUGCAUAGAACUCUGUUUGGAAUGUGACCCUGUGGACGGAGGAAUGUUAAUGCUACCAUUAGGCAUGCUGUGCCCUGGACUUUAUAAUAAUAAUAAUAAUAAUAAUAAUAAUAAUAAUAAUAAUAAUAAUAAUAAUAAUAAUAAUAAUAAUAGUUUAAUUUAUUUGCUUCAUUAGGGACUUUGGUCCUAUUGUUUCUAUGUUUACACUCUGAUGAGUUUUUUCUACUCUUUUUUUAAUAAAAAAGAACAAAAUGUUGUUUUGAAAA